AAAUAAAAACAUGUUAAACUGCAGUCUUAAUUUAGCUGAAAUUAAGUGUUACAAUUACCCAUUUUUUCUUAUCAAAGAUUUAUGGGAAAUAUAUAAUAAUAAAUUAACAAAAUUUGUUAAAAGAGAAAUUAUGUCCUACAUUUAAUGAAACACCCGGUGUAAAUAAUCUGUAUAUGACGUACGUUGACCUUCAGAAUUUCAAAUCUUUUAACAAUCUCGUUCUUACCGCAAUCGAGCGAUUCAAACGUGAAAGGAAGUUGUGAAAACCCUGUUACCAAUUACUCACGGUUGCCACUGACAGUUCCAUAAGAGCUAACCUCAGGAGUGGUCGUAAAAACAAAUCAAUACCAUAUUUUUUUUAAGAUGGCUCAAAUCGCUGGAAGAGUUGUUGUUUACGGUGGAAAAGGUGCUUUGGGAUCGAAAUGCGUGUCUUUCUUUAAAAAUAAGAAUUGGUGGGUUGGAUCAAUAGAUUUGGCUGAAAAUACAGAUGCAGAUUUAAAUAUUGUUUUGGGACGUGAAGAAAAUACUGCAGAUCAAGAAUCAUCCGUCUUAUCAUCUAUUUCAUCUGUUUUGGGUAAUGAUAAGUUAGAUGCUGUAAUUUGUGUUGCUGGAGGUUGGGCUGGAGGCAAUGCAAAGAAAGAUUUGAUUAAAAAUAGCGAUAUGAUGUGGAAACAGAGUGUGUGGAGUUCUUUAAUUUCCGCAUCAUUAGCUGCGAACCAUUUAAAGGAUGGUGGUUUGUUAACUUUAACUGGUGCCAAAGCUGCGUUAGAAGCAACUCCAGGAAUGAUCGGUUACGGGAUGGCCAAGGCAGCCAUACACAGCUUAACAAAAAGUCUUGCUGGAAAAGAUAGUGGAAUGCCAGUAGAUUCCGUGGCUGUCGCAAUAUUACCUAUUACUUUAGACACUCCAAUGAACAGAAAAUGGAUGCCCAAAGCUGAUUUUACAACUUGGACUUCCUUGGAUUAUAUAUCUGAAUUGUUUUACAACUGGACUAUUGGAAAAAAUCGUCCUCAAUCCGGAAGUCUUCUUCAGUUGGUCACCAAAAAUUCCGAAACAAAUUUAAUCCCAGCAUAAAUCAACAACGAAAAUGGAUAUGGAAAACGAAGAUGAUCGAAAAACAGGGAACAAUGUUAUUAUAAAUUAUUUACGCGUUGUAAUAUUACUAUUCUUUAAAAGAAUAUUUUUGUAAGCUUGUUUGCCGUGUUGGGUUUAAAAUGAUUUUUAAAAAUAAAUGUUUAGCUGAACUA